GGCGCCGCUGCGUCGCUUUACGGCCGAGGCCGGGUCCCGGGCGCUGAUUGGUUCCGCCGGCGCGGCGCGGCGCGCUGAUUGGCCCCGCGCGGCGCCGGGGGCGGUUUGAGCGGCGGGGCCCGGCGCGCGGCGGCGGCUCCGGCACGAUGCUGCCCCUGUCGCUGCUGAAGACGGCGCAGAACCACCCCAUGCUGGUGGAGCUGAAAAACGGCGAGACCUACAACGGGCACCUGGUGAGCUGCGACAACUGGAUGAACAUCAACCUGCGGGAGGUCAUCUGCACGUCCCGGGAUGGUGACAAGUUCUGGAGAAUGCCCGAGUGUUACAUUCGUGGCAGCACGAUCAAAUACCUGCGUAUCCCCGAUGAAAUAAUUGACAUGGUGAAAGAAGAGGUGGUGUCGAAGGGCAGAGGUCGCGGUGGGAUGCAGCAGCAGAAACAGCAGAAGGGCCGUGGAGUUGGAGGUGCUGGACGAGGCGUGUUUGGUGGCCGUGGCCGAGGAAUACCAGGCAGCGGAAGAGGCCAGCAGGAAAAAAAGCCAGGCAGACAAUCGGCGAAGCAGUGAGCAGCGGUCUGCGCCCUGGCCAGAGACAGUGCUGGGAUGCUGCUUGGUUUUGUCACCUCAGGAUUGCCACGUGUUCAAAAGUGUUAAAUUUCUAGUCUUUAGUCAGCUAUUCGAUGCCUGAAUCAUGUCACUUGGAAGCCCCUCUCGGUCUAAUCGGUAAAGUGAAGUUUGCUGCUUCUAGUCAGAAAAUCUGUAAUUGGAAAUACUUUAAAAAAAAAAAAAAAAAAAGUCACUUGUGGUAAAGGACCUAACCUCAGUCUUCUCUGGAGAGUGAAAGCGCUGUUUAAUUCUUCAGAGUCACCAGGUUUAAUUUAGUAUUACCCUGUAUAGUGUUUUAAGAACUGAGGCAAACACUUUUUUGAGGAUUGUUUGUUUUGUUUUUAUACUUGAAACUUGGGAAAGCUGUUGCAUUUGUAACAGAUGCAAACAUUUUGGUUUAAAAACACUGAGCUCGAGAAUAUUGUAUCUUUACAUGAGUAGUCUUAAGCGUUCGUUUUUUUAAAAAAAACCUUUUAAAGCUA